AUGGUCGCUUUUGGUCCCCGAUUAACCCCCUAUCCACCACCUGGGGACGUGCCACGUAGCCUCGCCACUAAGCGGCUCGAGAUCCCUCAUAUGAGGGAGAUUCGUGGUAGUGGAGACGAUUUUGAUACAAAACUCGCUAUCCUCGCACAUGAUCCCAUUACAGUAACGUGCGAAGUUCUCGAGGGUUUUUGUGUACAUACCGAGAAUCCGAGAAUGAAUAGCAGCGAAGAAUGCUCAAAUAUAACACGUAAUCUCGCCCCGUAUCUCAGAAUUGAUUUUUGA